UCAGGCUGGGAGAGAAAACAGAAGGGUCCCUGUGCGCAGUGGGCGAUGCGCCUCCUGGCCGUGGCCCUGGCCGCCCUGCUGGCCCAAGCUCCCACCCCAGAUGUUUGCGAGGCUCUGAAUGUGACAGUCUCGCCAGGACCGAUAGUGCGAUACGCCGAGGGAGACAAUGCUACCCUUUAUUGUCACGUUUCUCAAAAGAGACGGACAGACAACUUACUGGCUGUCCGAUGGGUUUUUGCCCUCUCACCCACACAGGAGUAUCUGAUGAUCAAAAUGACUAAAUUUGGGAUUGUCCAGUACUAUGGAAAUUACACCCACCACUUCCACAAGCAAAGACUUCGCCUUCUCCGAGAGAGACAUGGAACAAUGUACAAAUUCCUAAUUCUGAAUCUGCGGCCAACAGAUCAAGGCCAUUAUAUAUGCAAAGUCCAGGAAAUUGGCAAGCACAGGAAUAAGUGGACUGCGUGGUCAAAUGGCACAGCAGCUACUGAAGUAAAAGUGAUUUCAUUGAAAGCUUCAGAAGAUCCCACUUUUGAGAAAACCCAUGAGGCCUGGAAGUUUUUUGAAGACCUGUAUGUAUAUGCAGUGUUUGUGUGCUCCAUCGGCAUCAUCAGUGUCUUCCUUUUUACCCUUGUCAUUCUCUGCCAGUCACUGCUGAACAAGAAAAGAUCUAGAGUGAAGCAUUAUCUGGUGAAAAGUCCCCAGAACAGCUCAGGGGAGACCGUCACCAGUGUAACAAGUCUGUCCCCGCUACAACCCAAAAAAGUAAAGAAAAAGAAAGAGAAGGCUGAGCAACCCCCAGCUAUUCCAGCGAAAGCUCCAAUAGCCAAUACUUUUCAGAAACCUAAGCUGUUGAAACCUCAAAGAAAAAUUCUCCUGCCGAAAAUUGCAGAGGAGAAUUUAACGUAUGCCGAACUUGAGCUGAUCAAGCCCCAUCAGGCAGCGAAAGGUGUGCCCACCACGACGGUCUACGCCCAGAUCCUGUUUGAGGAGAACAAGCUGUAAAAGCUGGCGUCUGGCUAAAUGUUCUUUGGCUGUGUUCUAUUUAAUUCUUGCUGUGCUGUUUAUUUAUAAAAAUCAUACAAAUAUCCUUAUUUUUUUACUUCCAUUCAUGCACUUCUAUAUUUUUAUGAGACUUUUUAAAAAACUGUAGUUGAAAGGAAAUGUAGCAAGCGUAAACUGACAAACCAUUGCCACAGAACCCCUUUUUGUAGCACUCAGCAGCACCCUGCAUCAUUUGCAAUGUUGUUAUUUCCACUUCCAUGCAAAUCUGAGAUCUAAAUACAAAAGAGCCCAGGUUAGAUAGAGAUGGCCAUAGUCAAGCAAGCCCAGAAGCUGCAGUGAUUGGAUCCACCGUGGUAAGUCUGAUGCCCAGGGCAAGAGUCAAGCUGGUGAGGAAUUUUUCUGUGAAAAAUCAGAAAAUGCCAAUUUAUCAAAACCAAAACUUUGCCCAG